UGUGGGCCGUCCUCGCGAGGAAGGGGGAGUGCCAGGAACGUCUUUCUUGCUCCCCCUCCCUCCUUGUCUCCCCUACUCCACCAACCGAGCUGCAGUGGCUGCAGAAGGCGGGUCGGUGGCGUUCGGGAAGGGGUGGAUUCUUUUUUUUUCUCUCUCUCUCUCUUUUUCCUUCUCGUGCGUGUGCGCGCGCGCUGGGUCUUGGCUGGCUCUUCGUCCGUUCCGGUCGCCUCUUUCCCGCCUUUCUCCUCUGCUGGGAGCGCGACAGACAAGGAGGCUCGCGCGUCGGCCGGUCAAGCCGAGUCACGGGCAGAAGCCGAGGCGUUGCGGACGGCGCUCUUCGUCUUCUACCUCAGCUGUCGCCCGGCCCCCUUUUUUUUUACUCUUUCCUGGGUCCCUUGUUUCUUUCUCUUUCCCCUCCUCUUCCUCAAUAACCUGCCACGGCGUUCCCGGCACCCCUGAAGCGGAAGCCUCCUUUCCUCCUCUCCAGCCUGGACCUUCUCAAUAUGAGCGCUCUUAUCUCGGUUGAGAGACACCAGAGUAUGAUGCAGGACUACCACAGAAGAAAUUCAUGUCUAUAGCUUUUAAGGACUUGAUUACAUCAGUUUAAAGCCUGGUAGUUUUGGAGUCACCUGUUCAGAAAACACAGUUGUCUGGAUUUCACAAUCUGUUCACCUGCAAAGAAAUAUAAAUUGACGUGCUCUAUAUUAACACACAGCUAGACUUCAGAAUAUUUAAGAUCUGCUUAUAAAAUCACAGCAUUGAUUCAUUUGCCACAGAAGCAACAAAAUGAUUCCUAACGGCUAUUUGAUGUUUGAAGAUGAAAAUUUCAUUGAAUCAUCAGUUGCCAAGCUAAAUGCUUUGCGCAAAAGUGGCCAGUUUUGCGACGUUAGACUCCAGGUCUGUGGACAUGAGAUGUUGGCACAUAGAGCAGUGCUAGCUUGCUGCAGUCCUUAUCUGUUUGAAAUCUUUAACAAUGACAGUGAUUCCCAUGGAGUUUCCCAUGUAAAGUUUGAUGAUCUUAAUCCGGAAGCUGUUGAAGUUUUGUUAAAUUAUGCCUACACUGCUCAACUGAAGGCUGAUAAAGAACUGGUCAGAGAUGUAUACUCUGCAGCAAAGAAGCUAAAGAUGGAAAGAGUGAAGCAGGUUUGUGGAGAUUAUUUGCUCUCCAAAAUGAAUGUUGAAAGCUGCAUUUCCUAUCGAAACUUUGCAAGCAGCAUGGGUGACACACGUUUACUGAAUAAGAUUGAUAGUUACAUUCAGGAGCAUUUGUUGGAGAUUUCUGACCAGGAGGAAUUUCUCAAGUUGCCACGUUUAAAGCUCGAGGUUGUGCUUGAAGAAAAUGUUAGCUUGCCCAGUAAUGGCAAACUAUACACAAAGGUAAUCAACUGGGUACAGCGCAGCAUCUGGGAGAAUGGAGACAGUCUAGAAGACUUAAUGGAAGAGGUUCAAACGCUGUACUACUCAGCUGAUCACAAGCUGCUUGAUGGAAACCUACUAGAUGGACAGGCUGAGGUGUAUGGCAGUGAUGAUGACCACAUUCAGUUUGUGCAGAAAAAGCCACCCCGUGAGAAUGAUCUCAAGCAGAUAAGUAGCAGUUCCUCUGGAAGUCUUUCUCCAAAUGCAGCAGUGCAGAGUCCUAAACACGAGUGGAAAAUUGUUGCUUCUGAGAAGACCUCAAAUAAUACCUACCUAUGUCUUGCUGUUCUGGAUGGUGUAUUUUGUGUGAUUUUCCUUCAUGGGCGCAAUAGUCCCCAGAGUUCUCCAACCAGCACUCCACGGCUGAUGAAAAGUUUGAGUUUUGAGAUUCAACCCGAUGACCUUAUAGAGAAGCCCAUGUCUCCAAUGCAGUAUGCGCGAUCUGGAUUGGGAACAGCUGAACUUAACAAGAAGCUCAUAGCUGCAGGUGGUUAUAACAGAGAAGAAUGCUUGCGCACUGUUGAAUGUUACGAUCCUCAAAAGGAUUGCUGGACUUUCAUUGCACCAAUGAGGACACCAAGAGCUCGGUUUCAAAUGGCAGUUCUCAUGGGUCAGCUGUAUGUUGUUGGAGGGUCAAACGGCCACUCAGAUGACUUGAGCUGUGGGGAAAUGUAUGAUCCAGAGAUAGAUGAUUGGAUUCCUGUUCCAGAACUAAGGACUAACCGUUGCAAUGCAGGAGUGUGUGCCCUGAAUGGAAAGCUGUAUAUAUUUGGUGGCUCAGAUCCUUAUGGUCAGAAAGGACUGAAAAACUGUGAUGUCUUUGAUCCUGUUACAAAAUCUUGGACAAGCUGUGCUUCACUUAACAUUCGUAGACACCAAGCUGCUGUAUGUGAGCUUGAUGGAUAUUUGUAUAUUAUUGGGGGAGCCGAGUCUUGGAACUGCCUUAAUAGUGUUGAGCGUUACAAUCCAGAAAAUAAUACUUGGACACUGAUUGCACCGAUGAAUGUGGCUAGGCGUGGAGCUGGUGUUGCUGUACUUGAUGGAAAACUUUUUGUUGGUGGUGGCUUUGAUGGUUCACGUGCAGUCAGCUGUGUGGAGAUGUAUGACCCUGCUAAGAAUGAGUGGAAGAUGAUGGGCAGCAUGACCCUUCCAAGAAGCAAUGCUGGUUUUGCCACAAUGGGCAAUACCAUCUAUGCAGUGGGAGGAUUUGAUGGUAAUGAAUUUCUGAACACAGUGGAAGUCUACAAUCUGGAGUCAAAUGAAUGGAGCCCUUAUACAAAGAUCUAUAAAUAUUGACUUAACACAGUUCUCCUCAAAACUAACAGGCUUAGUGAUGUAAUUGUUUUAGUAGAAGUACACAUGUGACUAUAGAAGGUGGGGGAGGGAUAAGUCGCCAUCAGCAAUACAAAGCUUUUGCAUAUUGUGUACUAUUAAUAUGCUGUACAUAUUUUUACUUACAAUAUGUGAAGGGUGUUCUGUGUAUCAGAAUUUGUUACUUUGGAUCCUGGAAGCUGGUUUCCCCUGAGAAAAUUAGAAUGACGGCUGAUGGCUCAUCAUUUUGAGAGCUUUCCCCAAUGUUUGUUUUGCCAGUUUGCACAACACAUGCUUUUUCCUUAGAGUUUGUUUCUGGUGCAGGAAAAGGUAGUGAUCUUCAAUGUGCAAAAUACUUUUUAGGCCUUGUUUGGAUUUCUUUUUUAUCUUAAGCAACUGGAACAAUGUAAUAAGCCUUAUUUGAAUAGAUAAAUGGCUUUAUUAUUUAAAGAAAACACCUGACACACCUGCCAAUUUAACUGCCUUUUAUAACUUUUUAUAUUUAUAGUCAGAAAUUGUUAUAUCUGAAUUGACUUAAGAUACAAAUGUGUUGAAACAGAGAUAAUCUCAAAGUUCAUAGACUGGAGUGAGAUGUGUCAUUUUCCACUAUGAGACCUUUUAAAAGUUUUUUCCUUGCUAAAAUGUUACAUAAACCAUAGUGCACAAUAUUGAUUUUCAUUGCAUCAGAGUGGAGUUUUCUAAACAUGGCUUUAAUGUGACUGAAAAGCCUGGCUCUGAAAUUUAUGUAAGGUAGACUUGCUUUUCUGUAUGGUUCAUAGAUUAUGCAGUUUGAACAAACAUGCAGAGCUGCAAAAUGCAAAUACUGUGUGAUGUGUUAGCAAGGUCACCUAUUUGAACAUUAUUGUACAAGUUUGUAUCUUUCUACUGCAAGCCUAAAACAUGAUAUAAUACAAACUGCUUUGUUUGUUUAAAAGUU